AUGAGCACCACAAUCACCACGAUCACCACGAGCACCACACGAGCACCACGAUCACCACGAGCACCACGACACCACGAGCACCACGAAUCACCACCAAUCACCACAUCACCACGAUCACCACGAUCACCACGAGCACCACAUCACCACGAUCACCAUGAGCACCACGAAUCACCACGAUCACCACGACACCAUCACGACACCACAAUCACAUCACCACGAGCACCACAACCACAUCACCACGAUCACCACGAUCACCACACCACGAGCACCACAAUCACCACGAUCACCACGAUCACCACGAGCACCACAAUCACCACGAGCACCACAAUCACCACGAUCACCACGAGCACCACGAGCACCACGAUCACCACGAUCACCACAUGA